UCUGCAUGGAGAAGAAGGUGUAGGGCUUUUUGUUGGGCUGGAACAAACAGGCAUGGAGAACCAGACGGAGGUGAGGAAGUUCAUCCUCCUUGGCCUGAGCAACCUCCAAGGGCUGCAGCAAUUCCUCUUUGUGCUCUUCCUACUGCUCUACCUGUSCAGCCUGCUGGGGAAYGCGGCAAUYCUGGUUGUAGUGGUGUGGGAGCCCCGGCUCCACACCCCCAUGUACUUUUUCCUGGGCAACCUCUCCUGCCUGGACAUUUUCUACUCCACMGUUACCGUGCCCAARAUGCUGGCCGGCUUCCUCUUGGGGCACCCSCAGGGCAUUUCCUACAGGGGCUGCCUAAGCCAGCUCCACUUCUUCCACUUYCUGGGCAGCAGCGAAGCUUUGCUGCUGGCUGUCAUGGCCUACGACCGCUUUGUGGCCAUCUGCAACCCCCUGCGCUACACCCUGCUCAUGAGCCCAUGCGUCUGCGUCCUGCUGGCUGCAGCCACUUGGGCUACGGGCUUCCUCCACGCUCUCCUGCACACGGUCAUGACCUCCCAGCUGCAUUUCUGCGGCCCCAGCCACAUCCACCACUUCUUCUGUGACAUCAAGCCUGUGGUGAGACUGGCUUGCGACAGCAACCAGCUCAACCUCCACCUUCUCAGCAUCGUCACGGGGACCAUUGUGAUAGGGCCCUUUGUCUUCACACUCUUUUCUUACCUCUACAUUUUUUCCUUCCUCUGCUUGAAAGUCGAGUCCAAGGAGGGAAGGAGGAAAGCCUUCUCCACUUGCAUCUCCCAUCUCACGGUAGUUGCCUUGCUUUAUGUCCCUGUCAUUUCUAACUACGUGCCACCUUCGUCAGGGAGCUCUCCCAGGAGGGACAUGAUAGCCACUCUCAUGUAUAAUGUUGUCACCUCAGUGCUCAAUCCUCUGAUCUACACUCUGAGAAACGUGGAGGUGAAACGUGCCCUAAAGAGAAGACUUUUCUCCAGAGCAUUACUGGUACAGAACAUGUUUUUCUGUGCAGCUUCUGUGGGGUAGUAGA